AUGGAGACGAUGACUGCCUCCAACUACACCAACACCCCUCUGGCCCAGACCACAUCGCACAUGCGGACGCCCCAACCCGACCGACCUUCGAAAGCGACGCGACCAGUGCAAGCAGGCGACCCGCAGCAACCGUUGUCCGCGCCGGCAUCGCAAGAGAGCAUGUUGAGUGUGAACAGUGCCGCCAGCAGUGUUAUGCCGCGACUGCAGGCCAGCGACAGCAACUUGUCGCAGCUCACCACUUAUACCGACAACUCGUCGCCGUCGUCGUCGGUCGAGUCCACCGCGCGACAUGCAUCGCAUACGUCACACAAGACCGCCAUACAACGACAGAGGACACCGGACGAUCCGUUACACACAGCAUAUUUGAACGGCGAUCAUGCAUUGGCAAGUCCCAUGAGCAUCACAUCGCCUGCCUUGACGAAUGGUGCAAAGCGGACCGCAAGCGGACACGUCAAGAACGCGCCGAGUCUACCCAAUACGCCUUACACAACAACCUUUCCCGGACGCGCGUCGCGUCGCGAGUCCAUCUCUUCCUCCGGGAGCAGAGCAGGAGAGUUGGCUGCAACGUUGAAGACGCGUCUUGGCUAUGCUAUGGCUAAGGUGCAGAACGGGUGGGAGCACAAGCAGUUGCAUGAAGUCGAGCAAUUGGCCGCAUACAAAGCACGACCCAACCGCCACAGCAUGUCUCAUAUUGACCAGCGGCCUGGUACCAGUGGGCUGAGCAACGGCACCUCUCGUCUUACAGUGCACGACAACUACCAUAACCGUGAUGGUCUCAACGUGGCCGGAGCGCCACCGAGCAAGCGACAUUCUGGGCAUCAUUCGGGUAUACUCCAACAGGCACAGCACUACACACCUUCGUGGUGCACUACUCCCCGGCUACAACCAGCACCCGAGAUCAGGCCAAACUCGAGCUCGAGACAGUAUCCACCACAGGGAACGAGCCACUUCCAGCAGCAAAACAAUGCCAUGUCGCCACCUCGCACACCUGUCAGUACUGCCACGAGUAGACGGCCACCAGCGAUUCGGACGGAGCUACAGACAGCUGAAGCCGAACGAGACGCGUUACAGGCCCUUUUCCAACUAGGGUCGCCACACACAUCGCAGAUGCCUCGGAGUGCAACAGCAGCAUCCAGCCAAGCGUCGCCCCAGAAGAUGAACCUCGAUACGCCCCGGCGGGUAACCUUUGCACGGAGUGAGAGCGACAGCAGUGGCGGGAGUGGCCAUGUGCAGUACAGUUCUGCAGGCGUGCUCGAGAGCCAAUCAUGA